GACGCCGGUGAGCCGGUAUUUGCUGUCAUGGCGGUUCCGGACUCGCCGAAGUUUGUGUUGGUCGUCUGCGCUGCAUUUACUGUUUUGUUAUGAAUCCUAUUUUGUCAUUACUUUCCACCCAUGUUGGACUCCUAGUCGCUUUCAUAAGGUGAUGGCAUGGGAGACAGGCUGUUUACCUCACGUUUCGCACGAUCAUCUGCUUGGCCGCUCUGCACUCCCUGAAAAGAAUGCUCCGUGACUCACAUGCAGUUCCUUUAACUAUUCUACCGGGUAGGAAGGAGCCACAGCGCGAACGACUCGCACGUCUGUGCGUUUGCGCCUCUGCAGUAUUACGGCAUGACGCAGUCAAUAGUUGUGCAAGUCGGCCAGUGCGGAAAUCAGAUCGGCUGUCGAUUCUGGGACCUAGUGCUGCGCGAACACAUGCUGCUCGAAGAUCGAAUUACGACCGACACUGCUGUGUGGAAUUUUUUUCGCAUGGCGCAGAAUGGCAAAGAUGAGCUAAGAGCCAGGGUGGUCAUGGUGGACAUGGAGGAAGGUGUAAUUAAUUCCAUUCGGCGUACGCGUCUGGGAGGCAUGCUGAGCAACCAUCAGUUUGUGACAGACGUCUCAGGCUCGGGGAAUAACUGGGCUGUCGGCUUUCACGAGUACGGCGCAAAAUAUCGGGAAAAGAUCGCAGAACGCAUCAGAAAGGAGGCCGAACAUUGUAGUUGCCUACAGACUUUUUUCCUUCUUCACUCACUAGGUGGCGGUACUGGUUCUGGCUUGGGGACUGCUGUUCUUGAAAUGCUGAGUGAAGAAUUUCCUAAGGUCUUUAGGUUUUGUGUACCUGUGCUCCCCUCUGCUGUGGACGACGUUGUGACAUCGCCGUACAACACCGUCUUUGCCCUUGAAAAGAUUGCAAGGUUUGCUGACAUUUCCUGUCCAGCAGAAAAUGAGGCGCUGAUUGGUAUCUGUGAUCGCGUCGCCAAGGCUGAGGCGAGUGCUAAGCAGACUAUUGCAAGUAGUGCGAGCAGCAUCCUUGGACAGAAAGCCAGACCUUUCGACCAAAUGAACAACAUUGUGGCCAACCUCUUAAUCCAUCUGACCAGUUCAGCGCGCUUUCCGGGCACACUCAACGUGGACAUGAACGACGUUUGCACCAACCUGGUGCCCUAUCCUAAGCUGCAUUUCCUGGUGUCCAGCAUCACACCGCUUUACUCGCUUCUAGAUGUCAACCUACCACCUCGCAGGUUGGACCAGAUGUUCACGGAUGCGUUGAGCCCAUAUCACCAGCUAGUGCACUGCGAUAUCAAGAAGGGAACCAUGCUGUCCUGUGCACUUCUGGCCAGAGGAGAUGUCUGUAUGGCUGACAUGCGCAGGAACCUUGAGAGAUUGCGAGCAGGCCUCAAGUUUGUUCACUGGAACCAGGAUGGCUGGAAGACAGGCCUGUGCUCUGCGGCACCAGUACACCAGCGAUACUCGUUGCUGACACUUUCCAACACCAGUUCCUUCCAUCAUGUUCUGUGCCGACUCAGGUCUGGAUUCCUCAAGCUGUAUAAUCGCAAGGCACAUAUGCACCACUUUCUCCAAGUGCCUUCCAUGGAGGAAUCUCACUUCCAAGAGGCCCUGGCCAGCUUGGCUGAAUUGUCAGCCAUGUACCGAUCUAUGGAGGCCACCGACUUCAGCAAGCUAACUAUUCCCAGGCUCAAAGUUUCCCUGUGAACCUAAAUGUGCCUCCAUAGCAGCAGUACUGCAUGCUCUAUUUGGGUCCCAAGUAUUUUAUAUUGCUACUUGCGCAUUUAUACCAUCGCCGUCUUUGGUGCAAUACUAUCGACCAUUAUUGAUUGAAAUCAAAACAAUUUAAAUUUACACCCGAGCUUAGGAUUCUUUGAAGGCAAGCUCACUCCUACUGAUUUUAUGUAGCGGUAUUGUGUAGCAGAAGAAAUGGUAUUGGACCACUUAGGUAUGCAUGUGCAUUAGUGCCAAGUUACGCUUAUUGACUGCACCAUUUAGUAGUGCCGAAUAUUUAAUGGUUUUGUAACAGAUUUAAGUAGGCAUUCGAUCAGUGAAUUGUUUUAGCAUAAUGUUGCACCUACUAUGAUAUGAUGUCCGAGAGCCAGCGCUCACUCGUUUUAUAUUUAUGACAAUGAAUUGAUGCUGCCUACACAUGCAACAUGUUGCUUAAAAAAAAGUUGUAUUCGUAUCAUGCCUGUGGUUUAUGCCCACAUUACAAUUAACUUACAAUUACAACAAAGCAGCACAAGAUAUUUGCGAUACCUCUGCACUGCCGUGUCACAAGUACACCAUUGAAUAGGUGAAAUACAUGCAAAAGGUCGCCUCUUCAUUGGUAUUUGUUCUACCGCACUGGUAAACAAUAGAACAUAAAGGUUUCAUAUCACCUCAUGAAAAGCAACCUGAUCAUUUUGUAAGUAACGAUACUGUUGGCAUUUAUUGGAUAGUAUUGUAUUGUACCGUGUAUUAUAGAGUAUGGCAUUUGUGGUAAUACACUGCCAUGAUGUCACAUUUUACACCUGCCAUUUUGUGUAUACAUUAGUUGAUGGGUGAAGCAUUAUAUGUACACACUGUUUCAUCAAUUUGUAGAUGCUCUAUUUAUUAUGUCCAGGUAUUUGCCUUUUGAAUUGCAGCCACUGUUUUUUAUCUACGACAGCAGGUUGGCCUCUUGGCUGCAACCUCUGUAUUUAUGCACAUAUUUGGCAAUAAAGCUGAGAUGUGUUCCACUGACAACUCAC